AUGGGGGAGUGGGCGUUCCUCGGCUCGCUGCUGGACGCCGUGCAGCUGCAGUCGCCGCUCGUGGGCCGCCUGUGGCUGGUGGUCAUGCUGAUCUUCCGCAUCCUGGUGCUGGCCACGGUGGGCGGCGCCGUGUUCGAGGACGAGCAGGAGGAGUUCGUGUGCAACACGCUGCAGCCGGGCUGUCGCCAGACCUGCUACGACCGCGCCUUCCCCGUCUCCCACUACCGCUUCUGGCUCUUCCACAUCCUGCUGCUGUCGGCGCCCCCGGUGCUCUUCGUCAUCUACUCUGUGCACCGGGCCAGCAAGGAGCCGGGCGGCGCGGCCGGUGGGGCAGGGUCGCUGGGGACCCCGGGGCGCCCGGGGGGCCGCCGCGCGCGCCGCUGCUACCUGCUGAGCGUGGCGCUGCGCCUGCUGGCCGAGCUGGCCUUCCUGGCGGGCCAGGCGUUGCUCUACGGCUUCCGCGUGGCCCCGCACUUCGUGUGCGCCGGUGCCCCGUGCCCACACACGGUGGACUGCUUCGUGAGCCGGCCCACCGAAAAGACCGUCUUCGUGAUCUUCUACUUCGCCGUGGGGCUGCUCUCGGCGCUGCUCAGCGUGGCCGAGCUGGGACACCUGCUCUGGAAGGGCCGCCCGCGCGCCGGCCACUGUCGCCAGGAGGCCGAGCGCGACAACCGCUGCAACCGCGCGCACGAGGAGGCGCAGCAGCUGCUCCCACCGCCGCCGCCCGCCCUGCCCGCCAGGCACCCGGGCCCCGACCCCUACGCCCCGCCCUCCUAUGCUCACCGGGCGCCGACCUGCGACAGCGAGGGCGGCAGCGGCCGCAGCAAGGCAUCGCUGGCCACCGUCCGCCAGGACCUGGCCAUCUAG